AUCGGCCUGCAGCAGCAUGAAAAAGAACCAGACCAUGCAGGGCACUUUCAGCAAACUCUUUGGGAAGAAGCAUGCCCACACCUCCACCACGUCCCUCUACGCCACCAACCCACCCUGGAUUUUCACCCAAGAAGCCCAAGAGGAGGGGACCAGGGACUUUGAUGGGAUCUAUUAUGGAGACAACCGGUUCAACACUGUGAGCGAAUCGGGGACGGCCACACUGAAAGCUCGGCCACGCGUCCGGCCCCUGCUGACUUUCAUUCCCCUGAAUGCCCAGGAGAACCACGGGCUGGCAGUGCCCACCCCGUCUGUCCCAGAAGAGUUUGCAGACAAAGAAGUGAGAGGUGCCAGCACACUAGUGAAUGGUAACCUCCGACUGUACAGCUCUGUGGGAGACCUGAGGCCCGUGCACUAUGAUCUGGACUCAUCCAUCCCCCCACCUCCCCCGGGUCCAGCCCCAGGGCCACCCCAGGACACUUCACAGCCUCCAGAGGCGUCCUCUCCACCACCACCACCUCCUGUUCCUCCUCCUCCCCCUCCGCUGCUGGUGGAACCCCCACCCCCACCCAGCACAGCCCCACCUCCACCCCCAGCAUUAGAUACCUUAUCCCCCUCAUCUGCGUUCUCCCCACCUUCCACACCUACCCCUCCUGACUUCAUCCCUCCUGCCCCACCGUCAGCUUUUCAAACCCUGCCUCCACCUUCUUUGCCAGCCCCGGGACCCCCAGUUCCGGUCUCUCUUCAUACAACUGGAACUCGUCUCUUCCCCACUGGGGCUAUUAUCAAAUGGAAAUCAGAAGUGGCACUCAAUGGCCAGCAGCCGGAGGACCCCAGAAGCAGCCCCCCUAAAAGUCCUGCUGAACUAAAGAGGAGCCCUCUAGGGCCUAGCCCAGAGCCCCACCUCACCUUCCCCAGGUCACCGAAGGUGCCUCCCCCAACCCCAGUCAGGACCUCAUCUAUCCCAGUUCAGGAAGCACCAGGAGCUUCUCCAGAGGAGGAUGAAGCCACCCAGAAGACCUCCGCCCACCUCCCACUGCCUCACAGCAUCAGUGUCCGCCCUGCAUCUCUGGUUUACCCAGACAGGGCCCUAGAGCCCGAGCAGCCCAGAGAGCCCAGGCCCGAGACACCAGGCAGCCCAAGGCUCAGGCAGUCUGAACCCCAGACAAAUGGACAAGCAGGAGCUCCACCCCCAGCUCCUCCCCUGCCUCCGCCCGCUCCCCCACUCCCUCGGCCAGCAUCUUCUCUGCCCCCAGCUGCUCCUCCUCUGCCCUCUACUGAGCGGGCAGCCCCUCCAUCUUCUGGAUUUCCGAAGACCUCCAAAUCCAGCUCACCUGCUCUCAACCCCAAACCCAACCCGCCCAGUCCGGAGGACACAGCCUCGUCAGAACCUGUUGACUGGAGAGACCCCCGGCAGAUGGAAAAGCUUCGAAGUGAGCUGGCAGCCUAUCUCUGUGGGUCCAGGAAAGAGGAUCGGUCACUCAGUCACAGGCCAGUCCCUACAGUGGCCUCGAAGGACAAGGAGAACAAGAAGGGCACCAGCCUAUCAGAGGAGGUACCUCCAAGCCUGCCUGAGAAGAUACACCCCCGUGCUCCUGAGAAGAGCCCCUCCAGCAGCAGCCUGCCAGAGAGAGAAGCCAGCAGCAGCCUGGCCCUACCCCCUGUGGACUACAUCCCCCAGGAUACUCCAGCCCCCAGUGUCAAGCAGAUCCGGAAUGAGCUAGAGGCUCGGUUUGCCUCCUCAGCAGAGAAAGAAGCCAAGCCCAGCUUAGCAUCUCUGCCCCCCAAACCCCGGCUGGAAGGGGGAAGAACCUUUGAAAACAGGACUGAAAAUGGCAGAUUCCAUAAGCCUGCCACCAAGAAUCCACCCCAACUGUCUACCGCCCCUCUGCCUGCCACAACACUCCAGUCCAAGGUUGUACAUGGUCCAGCAACACCACCCAAGGUCACACCUGGGUCAGCCACACCAUUCAAGCCUAUACCUGGGCAGGCCAUACCGCCUAAGGCCACACCUGGGCUAGCCUUACCACUCAAGCCUACAUCUGAGCAGACCACAUCACCCAAGAACACACCUAGGCAGGCCACACCACCCAAAGAUGCACCUGGGCAGGCCACACCACCCAAGGACGCACCUGGGCAGGCCACACCACCCAAAGAUCCACCUGGGCAGGCCACACCACCCAAGGACGCACCUGGGCAGGCCACACCACCCAAAGAUGCACCUGGGCAGGCCACACCACCCAAGGUCAUACCUGGGCAGGCCACACCACCCAAAGAUGCACCUGGGCAGGCCACACUACUCAAGGACACACCCCGGCUGCCCACCCCAUUAUCUCAGCCGAUGGCAGAGAAGGACCUUGCCUCCAUGAGGCAGAGAGAAAAACCAGAAUCUCAAGAAAACUCGGUGGCUACCCAACUGUCUAGAAAUGGCGUCCUCUCUCCUCCAGCUCUCCCACCAAAGAUGUCCACCGGUGGAGAAGAAGCGCCAUUUCUCUACAGACCCCAUCGCAGCCAGAAUAGCCACAGCCGAGGGAUUGCUGUAGUGACUCCCACUAGGACCAGGGGGGAGGCUACAGACUCAGGGGAUCUAGUGGACGAAAAGGAGCUCCAAAACCAUCCAGCCAAACCUCUCUUGCCAGUUCAGCCAGCUGACCAAGUCCUCAGACACCCGGUGACUGGAGAAGUGGUGGAGCGGGGCUCCCCAAUGGCCCUGCUCCUCGCAGCCAGACAAAGGGCACAGAAGACUAGACCUGGAGGGACUGCAAUUGGACGGUCUUCUUUGCCAGGGAGUCUCCGUGACCAUAGCAACCAACCAGAGGCCAGCUCUGACAGCAUCUUUUACAGAGGUAGCCGGCCCAACUCCUUCAUUGUGGUCCCUAAGGUGCCCAGUGAGACAGAGGACUCCCAGGUGGCCUCAGCACGGCCCACUGGGCCCAGUCAGUGGAAGCCCCUGCAGGGACGAGACACACAAGCCUCAGAUCCAACCUACAGACCUGGGUGGACCAAGGACGAAUCCCUGGCCCCUGUGGCCCGGGAAAGACCAGCUCACUCAAGCUUACCCUACGGCCGCGCCCUCCCCAAGUCCUUCUCUUCUCCGCCCUCUCCUUCCUACAAGAGGGAGGAGGAGGAGGAGUUCAGCUUUGAUAUCAUUCCUCCGCCUCCAGAGUUCAGCAAUGACCCCGAGCCUCCGGUCCCUGGGCUGCAGCAGCAGGGCCGCCGCGGGUCCCCACCCAGGAACAACUUCUCCGACUUGGGGCAGUCCUCGAGACCCAGUCCGGCUCGUGGCUUCUCGCGCUUCCCGGGGACUCAGUACCCGGAGCCCGGGGGCCUGGAUCGCUUCUCGGGCAGCGGACGCUCGCUCAUCAAGAAACGCCUGUACGUCGGGGAGCCCCAUCGCAAUCCCGGGACGUCCCGUGGUUCUACUGGCCGCAGCCUGAGCUCCCCUAACUGCUUCGGACCGCAGCCAGGAGGACCUGAGAUGCGACGAGUCAACUCUGCGGGGCGCGCGGCCCCCGGUGGCCUGAACGCACGGAGGUUGUCCCUGGAGGGCGCCCGGGGCGCGGCCGAGGUCAAGUACAAGGCGCCUGGCGGAGGCGGUGGUAGUGGCAGCAAAACUGGGGACUAUGGCUUCGUCCCUCACAAAGUCAGCAGGUCUCCUCACGGCAACGCCCACUACGGAAGCCCCAUCAAUACGUUCACGGUGAGGCCUGGGACGCGCCAUCCCAUCUCCUACGCCUACUCUGGGACCCAUCGGAAAGCCACUUCCUGAGCCACGCGGUUCACUCGGCUGACUUCUAGGGGUUGGAUCUGAGCAGUUGUUUUGCGGGGGGUGGGAGGUCAGGUCGCACAAGGUAUUACAGGUCCCAGCUCGGACACCACUGAGAGCCUUUGUUCUGGAAGACAGACAGACGAACGGAUGUAUGAGUAGCAGAGGCCUGUGGAAGAAGACGGAAACGGGGCUGGGGAUUUAGCUCAGUGGUAGAGCGCUUACCUAGGAAGCACAAGGCCCUGGGUUCGGUCCCCAGCUCCGAAAAAAAGAACCAAAAAAAAAAAAAAAAAAAAGAAGAAGACGGAAACAUCUGGCUCUGAAAGCACCGAGGGACAGCUUGGCUAGGGACAUGUUGGCAGAUAGGGGUGGGAGGAGGAGCUCUCUGGGCCGUUUCUGCUAUCUGGUGACAGUUUGCCUGUCCAAACCUCACAAAGGAUAGUGUAGCUUGUCUUUCUUUAACUUCUGCCUGUUACACUGAGCAGAUAAUGGCUGACCUUCCUAGACAGUUGGGGAUGAGUUCAAGGCCGUUUGCACAACACAGACUCUGCAUCAGACGCCUCAUGCAAGGAGCAGGUCAUUGCUCCUUGGCGUUCACUCACAAGGAGGCCCUGAGAAGUCUGCGAUGGGAGGUGGAGGAUGAAGGCUUGCUUUUCCUUUCAGGCCCAUGAAGUCCUGGUUCAAGGAUUGGACCCAAGGAGCGAUAAGGUCCAGGAAGUACGUAGAACAUGGAGAUGGGUCUUGUAAAAUCAAGGUAGUCUGCUAGGGCCAGUUCAGAGCAGGGGACACUUGUCAAUAGGGUGACCAUUUGUCUUCUGCCUGGCCGGCCCAGGGUUAUACCAGUGAACUAGAAUAUAUGUAUAAUAUAUUCUAA